GGUGCGACGACCGAUGCAAAUGACUUGGGGCUCUCAGAGACUCUUUUGCUUUUCUCUGCGCGGACAGCAAGUGCGCAGGCGUUCACACUGCAGCUGGGGUGUCCCUGGGCGCGUGUAGCGUGUCGUCUUGCACCGAUGCUCGCCAGCGCGGCGUGUUUUGACUGUCUGCUUUUGUCUUUGCUAGUGUCUUACUGUCGCUAGCAUCACUGGCGGCUGAAGCUCAGUAAAGCGGUUCUGCGGCGAACGAUGCGUAAAACGCCGUAAUCGCAAAGGCACAGCAUCGCUGCAGUGCUGCGCCACGCUGCUGCAUGGCUAUACAGAGGUAGCAGAGAUCACGAGGCAUGUAAAGCAAACCAGCUUUACGCCGCCGCCGCGAACGCCCAGACCAGUGCAGCAGCAGCUCUCCCAGACGCAAAAAUAAAACGCGCAGCGCACAAAGCCAGCAGCCAUGCAAACCACCAAGCGCCGCCGCCGCCGCCGCCGCCGCCGCGCGAGCCCGGCGCGCUGCCUCGUAGGCUGCUUAUGCAUUGCCAUCCUCCUGUCGAUCUACACGGCGCUCUGGGCGACGAGCGACGUCGAGACGGACGACGCGCAGCCGCGCCUGCGAGGCGUAAACCGAGACCGCAUGGCCUUCCUGUUCCUCGUGCGCGACCAGAUCCCCACAGCACCAAUCUGGAAGGCCUUCUUCGACGACGCCGACGAACAAGGCGCCCGGGGCCUCUACAAAAUCUACACGCACCCGCGGCCGGGAUUCGCAUACGCGCCCUCGUCGCUAUUUUACGGGACGGAGGUUACAAAUCGGACGCGCGUCAAGUGGGGCGCCGUCACGGUCGCGCGCGCGGAGAUGAGACUCAUCGUAUCAGCAUUACGAGACCCGCGGACGCAGCGGUCCAUUUUGAUGAGCGAGGCCGGCGUGCCACUGCACCCGUUCUGGUGCCUGCACACGUACCUCUUUUCGACAGAGAGGUCCUUCGUGGCGUCGUGGCGCACCGACGAGCGACGAAAAGUGUUGUACGACUUUGGUGUGGAAGAUGACCUCUACAGGAAAAGGUGGCGCAAGGGCCACCAGUGGGUCGCCCUGACGCGGAAGCACAUGGCGUUGCUGGACGCGGCCCAGUACGAAACAUUUAGGAAGGCCCAUGCGAUGUCGUCGCGCGCGGCGGACUUUCGGCGCGAGUGGCGCGGGCCUGCAAAAGAAGCCGACGACACGCACCACUGUUUUGCUGAUGAGCACUUCGCGGCGACGACGUUGGCCGUCCACGGCGUCGAGGGCGAGUUGGUUCCUGUUCGCUGCGGCGUCCCUUCGACCUUCACGCCAUCGACGCGUGCGAACGCAGGCCUCGCCGACCUACAUCUCCUUCGGCGCCUACCGUCGCGAAGGACGACGGCUCCUCGCUCCUUUGGACAUCACGCAGCCCAUGAAGCGCGACUGGCGCGCGACGACGUACAAGCCCGCGGACGUCACGCGCGAAUUAUUGGAUGUGGCGCGGGGCCGGUGCCGCUUUUCGACCGAUCCAGCGCCGCUCGCCGACGCGGACUCGACGAUACGAACGCCCCUAUCAAAAGUCACGGCGUGGGCCGCCUCGGAGAGAGACGCGCGGCGCGAGUGCCGCUUUCUUCAUGAAGACGCGCCGUGCUACCUCAUGAUGAGAAAAAUACCAAAGGAGACCGUGCCGAGGUACCUCGAAUCAUAUAAGAACAACUUAUCGUAA